UUUGCCUCUCAGUGAAGACCAUGAGAGAGGAUCCUUGCUGAGCGAAGACAUUGUUGCAUCCAAGAUGGAGCUCAGUGCCUGCAUGAUGCUUCCACUGGUUUCCUGCAUCCACUCAUUCCAGCUGUGGCAUUUCCUGCUUCUGCUCUCAGCCUUUCCUCUUCCUGCUGUUUGGUCUCUUCGUUCUCGGGGUUCCGUGGCCACUCGGCCUCUCUGUGCCCGUAGAAGUCCCUCUGCCCCUCGGCCCAUUUGCAUCUGGGACAGGAUCUCACUGCCGGAGAGGGAUCUGCGCUUCCUCCUCCCGCGCCAGCGGGCCCUGCCCUCCCGGAGCGCAGAGCUGCGGCAUGUCGUGCGGCUGAGGCGCCAGGCUGGGGGGGCCCGUCCCGCCACCCCAUCCGGUUUUGAGGAUGGCAUGCCCUCCUCCCAAUAUCCCUGGGCCAUCGUGUGGGGCCCCACAGUAUCGGAUGAGGAUGGAGGAGACACCAACUCUGCCAACCCAGGCUUCCCUCCACUGGGUUACACCUUCGUUUCACCACACGGGAUGGCAACAGCUCAGCCCAACUCCCAUUCGCUCCUGCACAACGCAGGCCUCAACCUGCGCGAGACCCCAGCCACGCUGCGCCCCUUCUUGUUUGGACCACGGGGUGAAGGUGUGGACCCCCAACUCUACGUCACCAUCACCAUCUCCAUCAUCAUUGUCCUGGUUGCCACUGGCAUCAUAUUCAAGUUCUGCUGGGACCGUAACCAGAAGCGCCGGCGUCACUCUGGGCAGCAGAGCGGGGUCAGGCAGCAGGAGAGCCAGCAGCCCCUCACGGACCUGUCCCCCACCACUGUCAGCAUUUUGGGGCCCUACAGUGACUCGCUGGCCCCCACACCGGAGGCAGAGGAAUGCAGACAGGGCCAGGAGGGCAUGGAGAAGCUGGGGGGCCACGGGAAGAGUGCUGCCUUCCAGCUCAAUCGAAUCCCACUGGUGAACCUGUGAAAUGCAAGGGAGAAGCACAGCUGGCUCCCCUCACCCUCCUCUCACAGCUGGGGAGCACAUACUUCUGUCGCCUCUGCUACCCCAGGAAAAAAACAACCUCCUUGUGCCAUGGCCCACCACAACCAUCACUAACUUAUCAACCAAACCAGGACGUACCUGGGCAAUGGACAAGCAGGGCCUCAGUCUCUUGCUGGAGGCAGGUUG